UGCUCGUAGGUUACGGGUACAGUUGAGUUUUUCUGUCAGAAAUGACUGAAGUCAGGAACAUUUUAGCAAAUAGACCUAUGUUUGGCUUAGUAAGCUGACGACAACAUAACACCGUAGAAUAUAAAUAAUGGAAAGUUCUACCAUGAAAAAGAAACCGAUUGUUUCGGUGAAGGACGGACUUUUGCGUUCUAUAAAAUGGGAACAUCUUGUCGCAGGUGUCAGUGGAGGGGUUGUUUCCACUCUUAUUCUCCACCCUUUGGAUUUAGUGAAAAUAAGAUUUCAAGUGAAUGAAGGAAUUGGUAUCACCAAACGACCUCAGUAUAAAGGACUUGUCCAUGCCUUGACGAGCAUUGCCCGGAGUGAUGGCUUCAUAGGCCUCUACCAGGGGGUCACUCCCAACGUGUGGGGAGCAGGAAUCUCCUGGGGCCUCUACUUUUUCCUGUACAGCUCGAUAAAAAGCUGGAUGCAAGACAGUGACUCUAAGAAGAACUUGGGUCCCAUGAUGCACCUCGCAGUGGCUGCGGAAGCAGGUUUUGCUACUCUUGUUUUGACGAAUCCAAUAUGGGUGACAAAAACCCGUCUGUGUCUCCAGUACAAGAACUCAACAGGACAGUCUCCGGGGGUGAUGUAUCGCGGCAUGGCCGAUGCUCUACUCAAGAUUUACAAGUAUGAGGGCAUCCAGGGUCUCUACAAGGGGUUUGUGCCAGGGGUGUUUGGAAUUUCCCAUGGUGCUCUGCAGUUCAUGGCGUAUGAAGAGAUGAAGACAGUGUACAAUGAAUCCUUGAAUCAACCACUCGAUUCUAAACUGAGUUCCUUGGAAUACAUCACAUUUGCUGCCCUGUCUAAAAUGUUUGCUGCCGGCACCACCUAUCCUUACCAAGUAGUCCGAUCCCGCCUUCAGGAUCAGCAUCGCAAGUACAACGGAGUUAUCGAUGUCGUCAGACAGAUCUGGAAAUAUGAAAGAGCAAUGGGUUUCUACAAAGGACUGAUACCUAAUUUACUCCGAGUCACCCCGGCCUGUGCCAUCACAUUCCUGGUGUAUGAGAAAAUGGUCACACUACUUAAACAAUAAAACUACUGCAGGCAUGGAUCUAGAGGGAGGUCAAGGGGGUCUGGACCCCCUGCUCAGGACAACACAUUUGUUUUUAACUUAUUUUAAUGAAUGAAUGUGCACUUUUAAAUAUUUUUCAUUUAAUUAAUAUGAACCCUCCACAUCCCCACCCCCCCCCCACCCCACCCCCCACACCCCUGCAAAAACGUAUGGAUCCGUGCCUGUACUGUGAUUAUAAUCUGUGGUAAAGAUGACUUUGAGAAGUUUCUUCAUGUAGUACAGAAAGCUUUCUUGUAGGUUUGUGAAAACAGUGUGGAGAUUCACAGUGGUUUGAUUUAUAGUCUCAGGAAAUGGUACAUAAAAAGAUUGUUCUUGAAUUCAUGAAGACAGCAGAGAUAAACCAAGUGGAUUUGUCAACUUUUACAGAGCUAGCAUGUUCUUCUUUGAAUGCUAAAAAAGUGACUCCGCAGGGCUGUAGCUAGGAUUUCUUCUUUUUUUUUGGGGGGUGGGGGGGGGUGCGGAGGAGGAGGAGAUGGAUUCUGUGCAUACCUAAAACUCCACAAAUGGUGAAGAAGUAGAUUUUUUAAAAAGUUUAUAUUGUUUUUACCGGAAUACCUUGCCCCCUGCUAGUUACGGCCCUGCUCCAGUAGCUGGGACAGAUUCUGUUUUGUGUCACUGAUUCUCCAUGGAGCAGAAUCAUUUCCUUCAGGAGUUCUGCAGACCAGACUGCUUUCCUCUAGUCUUAGAACAUGUAGGUGGAUCAGUGUUGCAGGAAAUAAUCCAGUCAUGUUCCAGUGCCUUCCACUUGGAAUUUCGUAUACUUGUGUUAACUGAGACUACUGUGGCCUGGGUCUGUGUUCAUGAAAUUUCAGUUUGGACUUCGAAUCUUUAAUGACAUCAUGUAUAUGCAAGUUGUAUGGCAUUGUUAUGAUGUUAAUGCCUCAACAUGUUAUAAGAAACUUGAGUCCAGACUUUAAAAAAAAGUGUUCUAAGCACAGGGCAGUUCAUCAUAACCCGAGCUCUAUAACUCUAAGCAAAUUUUAAGAUCUACAAUACAUGUAUGUCUAUAUAAGUGAUCUGUAAGGAUUUAUUCAAGAAACUCGAAGCAUACAUUUGUAGGAGCAUGAUAGUAAGACCCCAGAUAUUUACCAAAGUUAAAGGUGCUUUGUCAAAGUUGCAAUAAUAGCUGUUCCUGCCCAAAACAAAGUUUAUACCUUCAAGUAUAUGCCUAUAAAAAAUUAUAAUCAAAUAAUUCCAUUUACUAGUAGAAUUUGUUUGGGUUUUUUUAAAUAGAGAAUUCUUGAGUGUGUCACACGCAUUAACUAGUGAUGUCACAGUUUUAUGUGUACACAUUCAACACACUACAUUUACUCAGAAUUCUUUGCAGCCAGCUGACAAAAGAAA